UACAGGGAGUGAUGGCUACUGGAGUCAGAGGCGCUGGGAUGUUGGGGGAGUAGGGGCAGAGAGAGACACUGCAGUCAACUCCAGCCGUGCAAUUCGAGGAGGGAGGGGAGAGGGAAAUAAUAAAUAAGGAGUAACACUUUGGGAGGGGUGUGGGAAUCAGGAAAGCUCUGAUCAGGACGGAAACCCUGGAAGGUGGAUGGGGAAGAUUCCCCUGCAAGUUGGAGGCCCCAAAGCUACAGAAUCUUAAAAUGAGAGUAUUCCCAGACUGGAAAUGCAAGUUGAACAUCACUUUAAGAUCUGGCGGAGUCACUCGGUUGAGACGGACCUGAGUAUCAUCAGUCUUUGGGAGGAGUACCUUUGUCUGUACUGUUUGUGGGAAAGAUUUCAAACAUUGAUGAGACUGAAAGAGUACCAAGAUGCCCGUACACUCAGGAGUAAGCAUGUUUCAGCACACUGACUGUGGAAGGGCCUUUGAACCAGUUACAAUCCUGAGUGAGAGGGAACUGGAUGAAAAGGCUUACCCAGGCUGAAGAAUAUUUGUAUCAUUCAUAGUGUGGGGGGGGGGAACUGAUGUGUGUGUUCUUUAUGUAGACGACCAGCAUCAGCCGACUGCCCAGUCCUCACACCAUGGAGAAACCGUGGAAAUGUGGGGACUGUGGCAUGGGGUUCAGAACUCCAUCUGAGGUUGAGAUCCAUCGACGCAGUCACACCGGGGAGAGGCCGUUCACCUGCGCCGAGUGUGGCAAAGGGUUCGCCGAUUCAUCCCACCUGCACAGACACCAGCGGACCCACGCCCGGGAAAGUCCCUUCGUCUGCCCCGAGUGUGGGAAGGGGUUCACCCGCUCGCAGCACCUCGAGGCACACGGGCGCACUCACACCGGCGAGAGGCCGUUCGCCUGCUCCGUGUGCGGGAAGGGAUUCUCGCAGUCGUGCAACCUGCUGAUCCACCAGCGGCUCCACACCGGGGAGCGGCCGUUCACCUGUGCCGUGUGCAGGAAGGGAUUCGCUCAGCUCUCCCACCUGCGGAAACACCAACAGGUUCACGAGUGAAGCGGCGAAUGGCUUCUGCCCCCCCCCCCCCGGGUAACGUGGGGAGUUAAUCAAGUCUGCUACGAAAGGCUCGUCGCAGCCGAGGGAAGCCUCGAAACUGCUCGCGCCGGAGCCUCUGUUCGAAAGAAUUCCGAACUGAAUGUCGCAGCUUUGGGCUAAAAAGGGGAAACGGGCGAGAGAACUCACUGUUCAGUGAGGUGAGCAUUGUUCACGAGGACACAGCGUGAGGUUACGCGAUGGUCAGGAACCAGACAGAGAUUAAAGACCAGGGGUUGAUGCUGUGAAAACUGAUGGAAGUCCUGCUCUCGUUCUCCUCACCGGUAGCAAAGGAAAGUCAAUAUAGACUGGGUUAAUCUGUAAAUCAAUUGCCUGGGUUUGUUGCUGUCGUUUGCUUCAGGGUCGAUAAGCUUGUCCUGACUUGUACCGGACAACUGGUGAGGCCGCUCCUGGAGUACUGUGUGCAUGUUAUAGGGAGGAUAUUAUUAAGCUGGAGAGGGUUCAGAAGAGAGUUACCGGGAUAUUGCUGGGGUUUGAGUUAUAAGGAGAGGCUGGGAGUUUUUUCACCGGAGAGCAGAGGUUUAUAAAGUCAUGAGGGGUGCAGAUAAGGUGAAUGAAUUCCUGAGGUUGGGGGCUUUCAAGACAGAGGGGUAUAUUUAGAUGGCGAGAGGAGAGAGAUUUCAAAAAGACGUGAGGCAACUUUUUUUUUAACAUAGAGUGGUUUGCAUGUGGAACGAUCUGCCGGAGGAAGUGGUGGAUGCGGGUAGACUUACAACAUUUCAAAGGGAUAUGGACCCGGAGCAAGCAGGUGGGACUAGUUUAGGUGGGAUUAGGGUCAGCACGGACUGGUUUCUGUGCUCUGUGACUUGGCCUCGUUAAAGUUGAUUCAAAACGGAGCGCCAUUGUCGAGAAUGCUGAAGUGGGAGCCACUGGAUGAGGUGCAUUGGGUGGGUGGUGCGCUCAACCUCAUCGAAGGCUGCAGAGACAUCGGGAAGAACGGGGAGGGGGGCUUUACCUGUGUCACCGUCCCGGAGAAUGUCACUCACGACAAGACAUCGGUUGGAGAACUGUCGCGGGGCGGAUUGGAGGCAUUCUAAGGAAAGAUGGCUAUGCAUUUAGGAGUUUCAUGGUAUUUAUUAAUUAAUUAAUUCAUUCAUUCAUUCAUUCAAUGAAUCAACUGUUGUAUUCAUUCGGUCAGACAGUCAUUCUUAUGAUCUUAGAAUCCCUACCAUGUGGAAACCUGCCCUUCAGCCCAACAAGUCCACACUGACCCUCCGAAGAGUAACCCACCCAGACCCAUUCCCCAUUACUCUACAUUUAUCCCUGACAAAUGCACCUCACCUGCACAUCCCUGGGCACUAUGGGUAAUUUACCGUGGCCAAUCCACCCUAACCUGCACAUCCCUGGGCACUAUGGGUAAUUUACCGUGGCCAAUCCACCCUAACCUGCACAUCCCUGGGCACUAUGGGUAAUUUAGCAUGGCCAAUCCACCCUAACCUGCACAUCCCUGGGCACUAUGGGUAAUUUAGCGCAGCCAAUCCACCCUAACCUGCACAUCCCUGGGCACUAUGGGUAAUUUAGCGCAGCCAAUCCACCCGAACCUACACAUCCCUGGGCACUAUGGGCAAUUUAGCAUGGCCAAUCCACUCUAACCUGCACAUCCCUGGGCACUAUGGGUAAUUUAGCACGGCCAUUCCACCCUAACCUGCACCUCUUUGGAUUGUGGGAGGGUACCAGAGCACCCGGAGGAAACCCACGCAGACGUGGGGCGAAUAUGCAAACUCCAUACAGACAGUUGCCCGAGGCUGGAAUCAAACCCGGGUCCCUGGCGCUGAGGCAGCAAAACUAGUACCCGAGCUAGUGUUGUGAGGUGAUCAAAUGUUUUAGGAUUUUGGAAUGACGUCGGGAGAUCAGAGACAGAGCAGUGGAUUGUGAAGUGGUUGAGGAAUUUGUGUUAUGAUGACUUGAUUUUUAUUCGUUCAUGGGAUUCAUUGCCCUUCUCUAAUUGGGGCAGACCGUAGAUUCAGAUUCAAGCACAUUGCUAUGGAUCCACAGGCUGAGACAACUGGGAUCAGAUUCUGAAGGGCAUUGCUGGCUCGUAUUAUUGUCAGUCCUUAAUUGCUCAAUCGUCAUUUAAGGUACAUCUGAAACGAAAAGAUCUUGGAGCGCGAGACCGUAGUUCCUUGAAAGUGGAGUCACAGGUAUACAGCAUAGUCAAGAAGGCAUUUGGUACGCUUGUCUUUAUUAGUCAGCGCACUGAGUAUAGAAGUUGGGAGGUCAUAUUGCGGCUGUAUAGGACAUUGGUUAAGCCACUUCCGGAACACUGUGUGCAAUUCUGGUCUCCCUUCUCUCCGAAUGAUGUUGUGAAACUUGAAAGGGUUCAGAAAAGAUUUACAAGGAUGUUGCCAAGGUUGGAGGGUUUGAGCUACGGGGAGAGGCUGGCGCUGUUUUCCCUGGAGCAUCGGAGGCUGAGCGGUGACCUUAUAGAGGUUUGUAAAAUCAUGAGGGGGCAUGGAUAGGGUAAAUAGACAAGGUCUUUUCCCUGGGGUGGGGGAGUCCAGAGCUAGAGGGCUAUAAGUUCAGGGUGAGAGGGGAAAGAUAUAAAAGGGACAUGAGGAGUGACUCUUUCAUGCAGAGAGUGGUGCAUGUAUGGAAUGGACUGCCAGAAAAAGUGGUGGAGGCUGAUACAAUUACAAUUAUUUCUGCUUUCUUUAUUCAUUCAUGGGAUGAGGGCACUACUGGCUGGGCACAGCAUUUACUGCCCAUCCCUAAUUGCCCAGAGGGCAGUGAAGAGUCAACCACAUUGCUUUGGGUCUGGAGUCACAUGUAGGUCAGACAAGGUAAGGUUGGCAGUUUCCUUCCCUUAAGGACAUGAGUGAACCAAAUGGGUUUUCCUGACAAUCGACGUUGGAUUCAUGGUCAUUGUUAGACCCUUAAUUCCAGAUCUUGUUUCAUUGAAUUCAAAUUCCACCACCUGCCCUAGCGGGAUUUGAACCUGGAUUCCCCAGAACAUUAGCUGGGUCUCUGGAUAAACAGUCCAAUGAUAAUACCACCUGGCUAUAGCCUCCCCUGUUUAAAAGGCAGCUGGAUGGCUAUAUGAAUGGGAAGGGUUGAGGGAGACGUGAGCCAAGUGCUGGCAGAUGGGGCUCGGUUAAUUUAGAGUUCUGAUCAGCGAGUAUGGGUUUGGUUGAAAAGAAAACCUAAAAACCCACAUGUACACAUAUACGUUUGUGGGGUGAAUUUGUGCUUGCAGAGUUACAUUGUACUUUGCUCAAAAACUGCAUGAAUCCAUGUCAGACUCCAUCAACUCACUUCCUAGAUUAGAAUCAGUCUAAACAUUACGGCACAGACAACAAAACACAGGGGACAGACACCUUCAACACCCUAAGAUCUUAUCUGGGCUGACACCAAUUGUUAAAGUUUACCUGAGAAUGUAACUUCUAAAAAAAAUUUUGUGAUAUACAUAUCAAAGAAGUGAAACUAUCAUGGUCAUUCUAACAGAUGAGGGACUUAACAAACAAUCAAGGUAUUUUUCAAUGUAUAAUUUCGCUUGCAUCACACUGUAAACUUGCUAUAAAUUCUGUGUCUUAUAAAUGUGUCCUCCACAACCACCUGAUGAAGGGGCAGCGCUCCGAAAGCUAGCGCUUCCAAAUAAAC